CGCAAAUUCUAGGAGUGAGGGUACUGAACUGGGAAGCAUAAAUUUUGAACAAUGAAAAGUCUGUAAUUUACCCCAAUCGGAGUCUUCUUGUGGAAAGCCUUAGCUCGAGACGAUUAGUUCGUUCUGUUACUCUUCCAUCCUCCACCUGCCCUGCCAAAGCCAAGAGAAAUGGAGGCGGCGAACAGAUUGAUAUCGGCGGCGAUGAAAGCCGCCAACAACAACACGGUCAUAAACGUUUUCCUGGUUGGAUCCUUCGUCGCUCUCGGUUUGCGAUCAAGCUACCAGCAACGGCAACUUGAUGCUCUGGAGGCAGAAAAGGCGUCACUGUUCAGUUCCAAUAAAUCCAUGAAGAAAUCCAUGUGGGACUGGAAGCAGCAGCUCUUCGCUGAAGCCUCUGCCGGAUCUUCUUCCAUCCCUCUCGCCAGACUCCAGGCCAUUUACGGCUACUCGCCCGCGCCUCAACCAACUGGAGAAGCAGUGAAGGAAGAUGCAAAGAAAGUUCGAUCUGAUUUCGUAAUUUAAGUGGUUGGUAUCCGCUGUUGGGGAACUUUCUUGUACGUGAUCCUGAGUCCUGACUGCCACAAUGGAUCUGAAACGACAUCUCCUCAGUUGAAGAACUUGAGAGAGAGCACUUUGUGAAAUAUUCUUUUUUAUUCAGAUGACAUGUUAUGGUUUUCUCUAUACAUGUAUAUUAUUAUGAAUGCAUUGAUGACAAUUCAUCAGUUUAACUAUCACCAAAAUAGAACGACUCCUAAAAAAACAAUACAUUAUGACAAUGCAUGCAUUGUAACUAUCCCAACCAAAUGAUAGACACUAUGACAGACUUUUUUCUAAGUGCAUGCAUUAGUGUGUCAUUUGAUUCACUUGUGUUCUAUAACUUUUAAAGGGAUUUGACUGUUUAUUCAAGUGGUGGCCCGGCGUGGGUAAAAAUUAGGGGGUGGUAACGAGUCGGGUCAGUAGCAGAUAGGGCAUAUUCGUUACUCUACCCCAAAAUAGUUCGGGUUUUACUAUCUAUACCCACAUAAGAAACAUGUAGAAAAUAAAAAGCAUGCCGAUAC